AUGACUUCUGACAUAUUGGAUGUUUUAAACAUUAGCGAGAAAACUCGGGUGGAAGGAAAUGAGCUCAAAAGAAAAAGAUCUGAGCAGAAGGAAAAUGCCGCUAAUUCAGCCAAACGCCAGAGGGCAGGCCAAAUGAAUCGGGAAUUGUUCAAUCUUAUUGGUCCAAACUUACCGCCAGUAUCUGUUAAAAGAAACACCAUAAAAUUCAAGGAAAAACUGAAGUUAAACAAGGAAGUGAAAUGGGAAUGGCAGGCAUUUACACCAAGAAGUGGAGUGAAGAACGGGCCGAAGUUUCAUCAUUGGGUCAAAACUACUGUUAAUAAAUCUCAAAAUACAUCUACUGAAGCGGACAAGUCAACAAGUGGUCAAGACAAUUUAACUUUAAAUAAAAGCACUACAGAAAAGAAAGAGGAGUCAGCAGAAUCUGAUAACUUGAAGAACAAGUAUCGAUUUGAGAAAUACAAUACCAAGCUUGCAAUUCCAGACUUCACUAAAGCUUAUUAUGAUGAGAAUUUGAAAGGAUUGGACGAAGGUUGGGACUAUUCCGAAACUCGUUAUCUUUUUGACAUAGCGAAGCUUUACGAUUUAAGAUGGGCGGUGAUUGCCGAUAAUUAUGAGUAUAUUCCAGUAAAGAAAACAGCUGAUUCGGAAACAAACGUACCUUCUGAUGCGGUAAAUGAAAAUAAAGCUUCUUCUAAUGUGACGGAAGAGGAUUCAAAAAUAAAGACCAAAGAAGAGUCAGAUACAAAGGAAGAUGAUGAAGCAGAAAAGGAAGCAGAAACGAAUGCAGAAACGAAUGCAGAAACGAAUGCAGAAAAGAAAGCAGAAACGAAAGUAGAAAGGAAAGAGAAUACAGAUGACGAUACAAAUACUCAUGCGGAUGAAAAGCAAAAUGAUCGGACCAAAGUUUCUGAUGGAGGGAAAACUGAAAAUGAAAAGAAACAGGUCAAAGUAGAUACAGAUAGUAGUUUAUCGGCACAGAAAGGGGAAGAAGAUCAAUUACUCAAAGCAGAAAGUAAGGGGGAAACAGAUAUAAAAGAUUCAGAUGAUGGAACCAAAGCUCAGGAGAAAAUAUUUGAAAAGGGAAAGGAUAGCUCACGAGAAAUGAAACAGCAUGAUAAUACAAUUUCAGAUAAGAUGCAGAAUAAUGCAAACUCAGAUGGUGAUAAGUUGCAAGGAAGGACUAUAGAAGAUUUGAAAGACAGAUUGUAUAAGGUGUCGGCUGUAAUAUUAGAAAAGAGUGGGGAUGAAAUUAAGGAUGCCGCAUUAAUAAGGAGUCUCAAAUCAUUUAACAAAAACAAGGAAUACGAACGAAGAUCAUACCUUGAGCAUCUUAUUGAGAGGACACCAACAGAGAUUGCCGAGGAAGAAUCAUUAGUUGUGGAAGCUCGAAAAUUCGAGUUGGCAGCAAAGAAAAUGCUCAUAGAAAGAGCACAGUUACUUCAAUUAUUGGAUUUCCCGCAGGCUUCUAGCUCUGUUCAGAAAUAUAUGACAUCACAAGGAUUGACAGACUUAUACAAUGUGCUCAUGAAUGCUGAUAAAUCGAAGAAACGCAAGACAGAGACUCCAGUUCCUCCAGAAUUGGGACCUAGUGCGUUGCCACAUACUCAACUAAUGCAGGUUAAGCAACAGGAGGCACAGCAGCGAGUUAACCGCAAAACAUCAAGAAGAAAGAAGAAAUCAACCUCUCCGGAGUCGCAUUCAGGUUCAUCUCUGCCAUACGAUAACGAAGGAAUGGAAAUACACAAUUUGCUACGUUCACGGUUGACUCAAGAGCAAAUGGAUGUUUACGGUAUAUCACUACACGAAGAGAAAAUACAGCCGGGAGUUAUACUAAGAUCACAGAAGCUUCCUAGCUUUAAACCAAUGGUGCAGAAUAAGGUGUUUGAGAUGUUGAAUGAGGUCGGGAUUGCGGCAAGGCCAACGAUGCCAACUGCGAGAGUCUGCCAUAAGUUUGAAGAACUUAUGAAGAGCAUGGCUUCAUUAAUAGAUCUUAAAAAGCAGACAGAUAAUCUCAGGACUGAAAUUUCAUUAAUCAAGAGUCAGAGAAAUGCUGAUUAG